AUGGACUUUUGGACGCGGUUGAUAGGCGGUACCGGGGCGCAAAGGCGACGCUCUACCCUCAACGAUCCGCAACAGCGUCUAGCACGCUUCAAGCGCGUUUACAACCAGAUUCUGAACACAUGGCAUAAGACAACCUCCCUGGCCACUGACCCUGCCGCCCUCGACACGAUUCGCCAAUGCUUCCAACGUCUCACCUCCAUCCUGACCGAGGAGUCGCGCUCUCCCGCCCCGCAUCUAUGCCUCUCCUUCUCCUCCUCCUCCCAGAUUUUCACCGCCGUUUCACGCAUUGCAUCGACGUCGCACAAUGAGGCUGUCGUCAGGGAGGCCGUCGGCGUCUUCGGCGCCCUUAUCGACAGCGAAGAGGAGGAGUUCCUCGCCAAUGAACGCUUCGCUGAGGCCCUGAUGACGUUUCUCUCCAAGAUUGCAAAUUCGCAGAGUUUGAUGCUGGGCGAGGAUACCGAUGCCGAAAUUGUGGAGCUGCUCUUCGGCAUCUGUGCCAAGAUCCGUCUCGAGUCUGAGAUCCUGCCCAUCUGGUUCAGCUCCCGGCCCAAGGUCGACAAGGAUGGCUCGUCGUUGGUUGCAAAGGCGGGCUUUGCUGGCGUCACGCAGAAAGAGGCUUUCCCCCUUUGCUAUCAGCUCAUCGACCAUGUCCACCAUGAGGGAAGGAUCGGCGACUUUGCCCGAACCGGCUUGUUGUACAUCUUUGAGACUGCCUCAAAGUCUGAGAACUUGGAGAAAUGGAUCGUCGAGAGCGACCUGGCCACACUCAUGGCUUCCGGCCUUGGUGCAUUGUACAGCCAGUUGCACAGGAAGCUGUCCGUCAUCCAUCCCGAGAAGGGCAUGCCUGUCAUUCUCGCGCUGUCGGAUUACCCACAGGUUCACCUGCCGGCUGAUGCUGAGAGUGUGUUUUCGCCCGAGUUCAGGUCUCACAUGGACACCUUCCUCUCCUAUCUCGCUUUCUGGCAGGAUGUGCUCGAGCACUGCCGAUCCUUUGAUGUCAGACACACUCUGAUUGACCAUUUCCAAGUGCUUUUCUUACAGCAACUCUUAUACCCAUCGUUGCUGGAAUCGUCCGAUGUUGACGGAGGAUCUGCUGUUGCUGUGCUCACCUACUUGAGACGUAUCUUGGACGCACUGGACCACCCCGAGCUUGUCCAUAUGAUUUUGCGCUAUCUGCUUGACCUUCCCGAGGAGCAGCCAGAACGUCCCAGGUCUCCAGUGGCUAUGAGACGCCGGUCUACCUUGAUACUUAUGGCUCAGCAUGUUGAAGAUGACGACCGACUGAAUCCGUCGUUGUUCAACUUGGUUGAUCUUUUGCUCAGCAGUACGCAGUCCAAGAACCCGCAGACCGUCAUCUCGGCUCUCAAACUCGUGAGUGUCAUCUUGAGCAAGAACCACAGGCACGCCACAGGUACGCUUGUCACGGUUACUGAGGUCCACAAUAAAGAGCCGCAACGGACCAUUGGUUCACUGAAUGCGGAAAUUCAAAGCUACCUUACUUUGGCCAGCGAUAUGAUUCCCGGUGCUCAGAUGGAUCAAGAGUACGAAGCCAUGCUGAAGGACGCGCUCAGUCUUCUCGAGGCACACCCAUGUUCAUUGAAGAACCUCGCUUUGAAUGGCCUAAACCUACCAAGCCAGGCUGCGGUAGAUUAUCUAACUGCUGAGGCUCGCAAGAACGACACCUUGCACUACUUGACCACCGGAGACGCUCUGUUCAAAUCUUUGAUGAUCAAUCUGGCGACCUUCUUCACCAACAACGUCGAAGCAAACCUCAGCCUCACCGAAGUCAUCGUGCACUUGGCAUCCUGCCCCAACCUCCGCCUUGAGGGCUGGCUUUCCGUCGAACCGGCCAAAUAUCAAUUCGAUCCAAGCGAGACCUUCGAUGAUGAGGAAGAUGAGAAUAUGCGAAAUAUUUAUAGGGCUCGUCGCAAGCCCACAUGGGCUGAACAUCACGCACCAUCUUUGCUGACCGCUUUGAAGAGUCUGCACAAGCAGAUUGAAAUCCUUCGCGAGGUUGUGCCCAACUUCGACGAGCACGUUGCCAACAGGAAGCAGGCUUUCCGCAUGCAUGACGAGAUCAAUCAGGCAAUGAAGGCCAUGGCCAACUUCCCGCCUCCGCCGCCCGUCCCACCUACCCGCUCAUACACAGAUGCGCCGACUCCCUCACCCUGGGCUCCGCAACAAAUUGCCAAGCAUGUCUUCGAAUCGUCCAGCCCGAAUCGCUCGCAAUCGCCUCGUGGUAGACGCAUCUUGGGUGAGCGGCGUCCGACGGCCUCAGCCGCCUCGCCGCCGAGUUCCAGGCCCCCGCCCGUCUCACGCAUGAUGUCGCAGGCGUCACGCUUCUCGAGCUCAGGUUCCUCGACCCCAACGAGCAGAAGCAGAGCACUCAGUUCUCCUGCUCCCAUGCCCAGUGUCAUGGAAACGGCCAACAUGGUUGAGAACGCGGGUAUCCUGACACGCGUCAUCCGUUUCCCGCUCAAGGUCCCAGAGAAGAAGAAAGAUAACAAGAGGCAUGGUACGGAUAAGCAGCAGAAUGGCAGGCCCGGCACACCCUCCAAGCAUGCGGAUGUCCCGGAUUCGAUUCCGGAGGCACUGGAGGAUGUCGCAGAAGAGCCGAACGCGAACGGCGACACGAUCCAGGAAGAGCCUGAAGAUGAGGAAGCGGGCGAUGCGACCACGAAUGCGACUCAAUUCAGCAGCGCUGCCACGCAGCAGUACAAGCCUAUGCGCAUGCCUCGCGCCCGCGCCAGCACCGAGAAGCACGUGCGCCCCGCCACUUCUGGCGCCGAUGGCAGCACGCCCGGCCUCAGCUCAAUUCCGUAUCGCUCGGCUCUGCAGGAGAAGCCUGCGACCGCUUCCGCACCUAUGACGAAGCAUCCAGAACCAGAGAAGGAGAAGCCGAUGGCGUCCGAGCAGCCUGCUGCCGGAGAGGAGAAGAAGGAGCAGAAACGGGAGGAGCAGCAGCAGACCGAGCCCUUCCCUGAAGCUCCAUCUGAGCCCUUCCCGGCCGCUCCCUCAGAGCCAUUCCCUGAAGCUCCUUCCGAGCCCUUCCCUGAAGCUCCAUCUGAGCCCUUCCCGGCCGCUCCAUCUGAGCCCUUCCCGGCCGCUCCAUCCGAGCCAUUCCCGGCCGCGCCAUCUGAGCCAUUCCCAGCGGCCCCGUCUGAGUCCUUCCCCGACGCGCCGUCCGAGCCUUUCCCCGACGCGUCGUCCGAGCCCUUCCCUGCUGCCCCCUCCGAGCCCUUCCCAGACGCUCCACCCGAGCCCUUCCCCUCGGCUCCCUCUGGCGCCAUGCCCGGCGCGCCUGAGCAGCAGCAGCAGCAGCAGCGAGGCCAGCAACAAGGCCAGCAGGAGGGCGAGGAAGGGUCGCCCCGCGAGGCGACGCUCAGCCACAUCCUCACCAAUGUCAUCAUCCUGCAGGAGUUUGUGCUCGAGCUGGUGGCGCUGCUGCAGGUGCGCGCCAGCCUGUUCCAGGAGGUGCGCUUUGCUUAG